CGCCGCUGCGGCGUUCAGUCUGGAUCGCUCGGUGGCCGGGUGUAGUUGUGUGCGUGGCGCCCGCUCGGUUAGUGUGUAGGUGCUUUGUUGGUAGUAGGUAGUCUGCAGCAUGGAGAAUCAAGAUUCGAUCGGGUCGCCGUCCGAGCUGCCAAACGACCCCGGGAAAAUGUUCAUCGGCGGGCUUAGCUGGCAGACUACUCCCGAGGGUUUGAGGGAGUACUUCUGUCGCUACGGCGACGUCAACGAGGUGAUGGUCAUGAAGGACCCGACCACCAGACGAUCCCGGGGCUUUGGCUUUGUCACCUACAGCGAUCCAGCUAGCGUAGACAAAGUAUUAGCGAGCGGCUCACACGAACUAGACGGCAAAAAG